AAGUCUGUUUUUACUUAAGGUUUUACAGCGACUUGCUUCACGCAGAGUGUGUACAACUGAAGCCCAGAUUUAACAAAAAAAUCCUUCAGGAUUUUAUUAAGGAAAUCAGAAACAAUGAGGACCGUGACUCUCCUUCUGUGUUUUGGAAAUAUAUUUGUAGCAUUACAGGCCGGUGAUCAGCAUUCAGACCCAUUCCCUGUAAUCACGCCGUAUGAAACAGCUUCCCCUGGUCUUUCGGCACUGGAAAAACAGCAAUCCAACAUCUCGGUUCUUCCAACCCAAGCAACGGGAGGAAAAAAAGCACAGCCCCCCAUGUGCUUAGAGUCUCCUGGAAUCAGAGGCGCUUUCAAAUAUGUCAACAUUAUGGUCUCUGUGGUGGUGUUUGUUGUUGGAAUAGUGGGGAAUUCUGCUCUGUUGAAAGUCAUAUAUGCAAACAAAACCAUGAGAAGUGGACCUAACAUUAUCAUUGCGAGCCUUGCUAUAGGGGAUCUGAUCCACAUUGUGAUAGACAUUCCAAUCAACUCAUACAGGCUCCUGGCAGAGGAUUGGCCGUUCGGUUUAAUAAUAUGCAAACUUGUCCCCUUCAUCCAAAAAACUUCUGUUGGGAUUACUGUGUUGAGCUUAUGUGCCCUGAGUGUUGACAGAUACCGCGCUGUUGUAUCCUGGAAUCAAAUCAAAGGCAUCUGGGUUUCUAUGCGGACAAUGAUUGAAAUAACCCUGAUAUGGGUUUUUUCCAUCCUGCUGGCUGUCCCUGAAAUUGUCGGCUUUGAUAUGAUAACAAUGGACUAUAAAGAGAAGCAUCUGAGGAUAUGUCUGCUUCGCCCCAUCCAAACCACACAGUUCAUGCAGUUCUAUAAAUCCAUAAAGGACUGGUGGCUCUUUGGCUUUUACUUUUGCAUGCCACUAACCUGGACUGCAAUUUUCUACACGCUGAUGACCAGAAAGAUGCUAAGGAAGACGGAGAAUACAUUAAGUGACCACAUUAAACAGAGACGAGAAGUCGCCAAAACUGUCUUCUGCCUGGUUACUGUGUUUGCGCUGUGCUGGUUACCCCUGUACCUCAGCAGAAUCCUGAAAUGGACCAUAUAUGAUGAGAAGGAUCCUAACAGGUGCCAGCUACUUAGUGCCUUUCUCAUCCUUGACUAUUUCGGCAUUAACAUGGCUUCGCUGAACUCCUGCAUCAACCCUAUUGCAUUGUACAUCGUCAGCAAAAGAUUCAAGAGAUGUUUCAAGGCAUGUCUGUGCAGUCUGUGUCUGCCUCUUCAAGCCCGUGCCAACGAUGAAGCACAGUCUGUUUUGAAGUCCAGAAUGCAGGAUCAAGCCUCAGAGCAAAGCAGCAACAUCAAAGCUCACAAGGAACCUCCACCUGUUAACACCUUACUGUGUUAACAAAAGUCCUGUGGAACCGUGAAAAUACUUUUUGAUCCCGUCUAUAGUUCUUCAAUAAAUAAGUAUGGCGUUCAAAACAAAUACCAAACUGGGGCCUCCUGUCUGCAGCUCGACAGCCUCCGACAUGCCAACCCAAUAACGCAAGGAGCCUCUGAAUAACACGGGGCACUGUCUUUUGUAAUGCUGUCGUCAGCUGAACAUCUGCUUUGGCGUGAACAACCUGGAGUGAGACUGUUCACACUAUUAUUUGCCCCUGAGGCUUGACUCGCUUCCAACCAUUACAUCAGGCUUCACCUUGUACCUUUCCUGUAUCAUGCAUCACACUCCUUAAAUCACUGUUUUGGAUGCAGUGUUAACUUGGCACCCAUCAACAUGUAUCCUGUCACAGCUUAAGGCUUACAUUCAUGAAUAAUAAUAUAUGGAUAUGUAUGUAUUUAUGUAUGUUUAUGUGUACAUUAAGAGAAAUGUAAAUUCAAAAUUACAUCCGCGCGCUCUCUAAUCACUUAAAUGCUGCUUUCAUUCCGGCUUUAUGAGCAGUAUGUGAAAAGUUUACCGCUGUCAUUUCCUCCUUGAACCUGGAGAAAAACAUAUCAAAUUGGUGCCACGAGUAGAUUCAGUCUCUGCCGCUGAAAGAACUGAUUGAUGGUGGCCUAUUUUUAAUACAUUGUUAAAUGUGUAAUGCAUGGAGACACUUUACGAAAGACCUGAGAGUGGGGAGGAAGGAAAACGAAGAUGACAGAAUGAGGUCAGGAGAAGA